GCAAUAUAGUCAAAGCAUGCCGCUGCAAGGAAAGUUUAGAUCCGCACUCCCUCUGAUUUCCCCUGAGGAUUCCCCUUCCAAAUUUCUCUGGGGCAAUUAAAGUUCCUGCCUUUGAUAACCUUCUGCGAUUUCGCUCAGGAAUGUUGGCUAGCCAUGCUUUUGGUUUCCAUGAAAGAAGUGAAUCAACAGAGCGUGUGCUAGAAGAUCCUGUUGCUGAAACUGAUGAGGAGGCGGAAAUUUCUCCGAAGGUGUCAUAUAUAGCUUCCUUUAAUGAGCUUGCCAGAAAUUAUGUGCAAUGUGACACAAUUAUAUGGGUCAUGAUAUCAUUGCUUCUGACCUUAGCGUGGGGGGUUGGAGUGAUUAUGCUUUUAUAUCUCCCAGUUAGAAGAUAUGUGUUGCAGAAGGAGGUUUCUUCGAGGAAACUAUAUGUUACACCAAGUGAGAUAGUUUACAAGGCUACCAGGCCUUCAUUUUUACCAUUCUUGGGGCAUACAAAGAUUGAGAAUCACAUACCGCUGAAUCUUGUUAUUGAUGUUAUUAUUGAACAAGGGUGUUUGCAGUCUGUAUAUGGAAUUCAUACGUUCAGGAUUCAAAGCAUAGCACAUGGAAAAGCAGCACCCAUGGAUGAAUUACAGGUUCAUGGUGUCUCUAACCCAGACUUUCUGAGGAAGAUCAUCAUAAAAGAAGCUGCAAAAAGUAUUCGAGAAAGUGGAAGUUGGAAACCUAAAAUGUGUGGUGGAGAUGGAUUCUCUAUGCCUGCACAGAAGAGAUCUUUGACUGAGAUUCCAGCAUUCAAUAGAAUGCAGUCUCCAAGCGGGAAGAUAAUGGCCUCCCCAAGGCAUGCCCUGUUUGAGAGCGGAGGAGGUGCACCGUCUGGUGAUUUGUUGCUAAACAAACUUGAAGAAGUCAAGCAAUCAGUGGAGAAAAUUGAGACUCUUGUUGGGGUUCGCAGGCAGUGCUAGAUCACUUGAACCUGAGUUUCCCAUCUCCUCUCUUCAUUUUCUUUUUUCUUUGUCUUUUUCCUCAUUCCAGUUUUUGCCUCUUUGUAGUUUGUAUAUAGUAGGUACUGGUGUCAUCUUGAGAAUAUCUGAUAAAGGUUUUUUCUGUAAUUAAUACUUAAAGGAAAAAGGAGCAAUUAAAGCCUAAUAGACCUUAGCUGUA